GUGUUCUGACUCUCCACAAUUGCAUGCACUUGUACUUUCCCCUUCAGACUGGUGGAGAAUUGGGAUGCUUUUUCCUUUUUUCUCAUUUUUUGACUGCAAUUCAAUGUGCUCUAGGUCAGUAGCUACCAGAAGGGGGCAGUCCUUGACCAUAAAUAUUUACUAGUGAGCCAAGAAUUGACAUCCUUGUCCGUUGUCUUUUAAUCCGUUCAUUGUUGAAAAGCACCUCAUCUUCAGAGAAAUGUAACAGUGUGUUCUUCAUCUCUGAAGAUGAUAGAACCAUAUGGGCCAGUUUCCCAGACACAGAUCAAGCCUAGUGCUAAACUACAAAUCACGUUCAAUGGAGAUUAGGUCUUUCCAUUGAGCAUGUUUUUUAGUCCAAGACUAGGCCUAAUAUUUGUCCCAAAAAAUAGCUCUAUGUGUUAUUAGUUAAGAUUAUAGACCUAAUUGGUAAUGGGUAUCUGUUAGAUCUGUCCCCUGUGACUCCAAUGCCAGGGGGUGGAUAGUGAGCCUAGAACUUUACAAUUCAAGCACACUUCAAAGUGGAUAAAAAGCAACAUUAAUUCGUUUUUAUGUGUCUGGUUCUUAUCAUUUAUUGCUCUCAUCCAUCAAGGCUAUGUGCGUGUCUGUUAUUUAAAUUAGGCUCCAUGUCUCAUUUAAAAACGUGCUCUGCAAUUGCAAGGCGCCUGUAUCCAAUAUAUGGACAGCUAGACCACGCAAGGCCGACUGCUAUCAAAUUACAGCGCAUUUCUGUAGUCUACCAAAUACCCAUCUAGUCCCAGAAAGAGGACUUUUACUGUGAAAUAAACUUUCCAAAACACACGGGUCCCUCGGGAGUGAGAGCUGCUUUUCAUAUGCCUUUGCUCCACUUUGCGCUAAAGCAAAACUGUAGGUUGGGAUUUCUUCUGGAGAAGUAGGCUACCACAAGCCACUGAAACGUACUGGAGCCUACUUAACUAUUGUAAUUUGCGAGAUUUAUUGUUACCUUUAUUAAUGCCAAGGUUUCCUACAAUAAUGACAACCGCAAUGUAGCCUAUAGAUGGAGAUGAAACAUAGCUCAAUUCAAAAGUGAUAGUAUAUGGAAAAAGCAUUGUGGAGGAGCAGGAGACUUUAUGCACGCUGCAUCUUCAGAACCAAUGCUGUCCAGUCUUCAAUAAAGUUUGUGUAACCAUAUCUACAUGGUGUCAACGGACGUGUUUGCACUAUAAUAAAGGCUGUAAACGUUCCUUGUGGGAUGCACCCGGGUGGGGGAAACGAUGGCCUUCAGAGUGUGGUCCAAGAUCUGCUGCAAGAGGUGGGCAGUGUGGGCCUUCCUCCUCCUCUUUACCCUGUCUGUGGUGGUGAUCAACACUCUCCCCUUCCCCCCCUCUGAGACGCGCAGGCUGCCCUCACGAGGCCUGAGCUCUGCUGGAGCCGGAGGGUAUAGAGCAAGGGCUAGACCCAGGGAAAGGGCCACAUUGGCCCCUCACCACCACCACCAUCUUCCUCUAACCCUCAAAGGUCACAGUGGAGGUUGGAAGCAGAGUGACAAAGUCAAAGAGUCCUCCAAGCAUCACCUGGUGAAGGACCAGCCCAAACUGGACAGGGGAGCAGCUAGCAUGACAGAUGAGAGAACUCACAGCAACUACAAGAAGAAUCGUAAAACUAAGGGCAUCGCCUCCAAAAGGAAAGAGAAGAAAGAGAUGCCGCCAAGUUCUAGUAGAGACAAACAACAUAAUAUCCAGCCAUUGACAGUCACUGCUGUGCUAAUAAGGCAUGAUGGAAGCCAUCUAACCAACUACAGUGGUUCAGAGCUCUCCACCCAACCACCACCUCUUUCCAGACAAGAGAACGUCCACCCAGCUGUGCCCCAGACUGUAGCUCGUAGCCAGAGCCGCCCUUCUACUGCAGACCUCGGCCUGUCUGACUCUGAGCACAAAUGUACUCCAGAUGAACAGAGACAGGACCAGGGGCACACCGGACAGGCAGGGAGGAAGAACUUAACCAAGCAGCAGGCUGUGAAAAAGGUCCCCAGAGAACUCAGGAAACGUGACAGACAGCCUUCGUCUGGGCGUAAAGAGACCCGGCCCACAGCGGAGACAGCAGCAGAAACAGAGAAAGGGAGUGAGGGGGAGGCCCACUGGUGUAAGAUGUCAGCUGGAGAGAGGGAGUUUCCAGACACUGACACACGGAGAAUAAGGACUGGGGACACUGACUCUGUGCCAUGGCUCAGCAAGGACGAUAUUCACAAGAUGGAGUUCCUCUCGGGCAGCGAGGUUGUCAGUAAGGCCAGGGUCCCAGCCCACGGACAGGUCCUCCAUGUAGUGCUGGGUGCCCCUCAUCAUCCCCCUUCUCUUGGGGCUCCAUUGGCUGACCACAGUGAGCACUGCCAACAGGGUCUGUGUGCCCUGAUCAAACGUCCAGACGACUGGUUCGAAGUCUUUGCUUUCCAUUUAGACCGUGUUCUCGGCUUGAACAGGAGUCUGCCCACAGUGUUCAGGGCCUUCCACAGUGACAUCUUGCCUUAUAAAUACACCAGAGGGGCAGCCAGACCCGUGGUGUGGUGGGACCCAGGCAUCCAGCACCUGGAUGAUGAUGACAAUGACCAGAACUCAUUCCCUCUCACCUGGCCCCAGUACCAGAGCUUGCUGAGGGCCAGGUGUGGCAGUGGCAGCGGCAUGGCCCUCAACGAGAACCCCUGUGUGGGGGUUCACCAUGCGGAGUGGGGGCGCCUGGCACUCUUUGACUUCCUCCUACAGGUGAAUGAUCGUCUGGACCGGUACUGCUGCGGUUUCCAGCCUGACCCAGCAGAACCAUGUGUGGAGAACCUGCUACAUACCAAGUGCAGGAACUCAAAGGAUCUAGUGCUGGUGCACAUCCUGGUGAGGAGGGUAGAGCCUACCAGACUGGUGUUUAUAGACAAUGCAGGCAGGCCAAAUCAUCCCCAUGAAAACCUCAACUUCCGCUUAGUAGAGGGCAUCGAUGAGUUUCCAGAGAGAGCCGUAUCAGUUCUCCAGUCUGGCUGUUUGGAGAGCAUGCUCCUGAGCUCCCUGUAUAUGGACAAGGAAUUCUGGGAGAGCCGAGGGGGGGCACGUGGCCUGAAACCUCUCAUCCACACUGUUGAGCAGAGAGGGAGGAUUCUGCUGCAGCACAUCCACGACAAGAGACUCAGACUGAACAGGGAUCUGUGAAUCCAAUGGCCCAGAAAGCACCCAACAGUACAUUCAUUUCAUCCAGGCAGGGGGUGCCUGUGACAGAUGUGGAAGCCACCUCAAGGUCCCGGGCAGCCUAAAGACACAGGGUGUGUCUCAAAUGGCACCCUAUUCCCUAUAUAGUGCACUACAUAUGACCACAGCCCUUCAUUGUCUAUAACACCCUACGGGCCCUGGUCAAAGGUAGUGCACUGUAUAGGGAAGAGGGUGCUCUUUGGGCCACAGAUACAGUAUGCCUGUUCCAUGCUGUUUGUGGUUCCCAUCCAUGUUGUAUCCAUACAUCUUUCCAACAUCCCUCAAGGCAAGCAAAUUAUGUUAUUGAAAUUGCACCGUUUUCUUCGCUGCCUGUUUAUGAGGUGAGUUUUGUAUUUUCGAAUAAAAAAUAGCAGAUUUAACGAUUGAUUUAAUGUCUGUUUUAUGAGAUAAGCGUUCAGCUGUAAUCUUAAAAUGAAAGAUUUUAGAUCAAUGAAUAGCUUCUGAACUGGAUCCAGGAGUCUUGUCGAUAAGAAAAUACCAAACCUUUUAUAAGAUUGUGCUCCUAAGACAACGAUGAGGAAACCCUCUCAAUUGUGUUAAAGGAACACUAUUAUUAUUAGUAGUAUUAUUAAUAUUAUUAUUAUUGCUGAACAUUGGACUUAUUGCCUAUGUUCCAGGACAUUUAGACAAUGAUGACUCCACGCCAAUUAAUGAACAAUGGACAAUAUAUUGAAGUGACCUACAGACUGGGGUUGCUUCCUUGUGGGGCUACAGCACAUUGCAUUCCUAUGGGCUAAACUGUUUAGGAUAGAUGGCCAGUCCCAUAGACUUCGACACAAUUCACUUAUUUAACAUGUUUUUCUAUGUUUAAGGUUAUUUAGACUAUAUUGCUAAUAAUAAUGAGGAUAUUUGACUGUUUAGUCUUGCAUUUAUGUUGUUAUAUUUAGCCUACUUAUUGACUCAAGACAUUUCAGCUUUUCAUUUUCAAUUAAUUUGUAAAAAAUUCUAAAAACAUUAUUCCACUUUGACAUUACGGGGUAUUGUGUGUAGGCCAGAGACACAAUCUCAAUUUAAUUGAUUUUAAAUUCAGGCUGUAACACAACAAAAUGUGGAAAAAGUCAAGGGGUGUCAAUACUUUCUGAAGGUACCUCUAUUUUCUUCAAUCAAGAAACUAGAAAUUCGACAUAUGAGCUUGUCUGACCACCACACUUACUACUUUAAAUUUCAGAAUCUCCUUAAAGAAACACAAGAAUUACUACAAAAAUUAUUACAAAAUCCUACUUUCUGUAAUCAGUUUGAAAUUGAACUAAAUAAAUGUAUAAUGAUCAAUAAAAAUUUGGUUAAUGACCCCCAGAUUCUAUGGGAUACCACCAAAGGUUUUAUUAAAAAUAAUGCAACUGAAUUUGCAUCUGGGUUGAAUGAAGAUAUCAGAAUUGGAAAUGUUGCAAACUGUGUUAGAGCGUUCUAAACAAAGACUCUUUUCAGACCAGGUAGCUAUUACUCUUUCCAAAGUUAAGACAGAAUUUAAUGUAUUGAUAAGACAGAGAGCAGAAUAGCCAUCCAUCGUGUAAGACUCAACCAUUACUUCAAUGGUAAUCGUCCUAGUUGUUUUCUGACCAACAAACUACGCAGUAAUGAUCAAUUAGCUGAUAUAGCAACUGCUGAAUCUGAAACAGAGGAAUUACUAUCAAAACCCAAAUUAAUCAAUCAAAUAUUCUCCUGCUUCUAUAAAUAACUGUACACUUCUGAUUGUAAAUCCACACCAAACCAGACUAAGACCUAGAUUCAAUCAGAUCAAGUCUUAACCUGCGAUAGCACACACCUGCAUAAAUCAAUGAGCAGCUGCUCUUGCGAUCUUUGUCACGAAGCACACCUGCACCACUCGAGUUAGAAGUUCAGAAUUUGUAGGCUAUAUAAAAAUAAUAACGUUCAAAUUGAAAAAUCAUUCAGCUAAAUAACGAAGAUUUCUAUCAUCCUAAUCGAGGUGUACAUUACAUUUCAGUUUAUUUUUUUAUUUUUAUUUUUUACAAGUAUUUGAACUUGUAAACAAGGCUGCAUGGGAUUUCUUUGUGCAGAAAAUGAGAAUGUUUGCUUUAGGUAUAAUUCCACGCCACUUGUGGAUGUGGCAGCUCCAACGCAGUUCCACCUCUGACACCAUCAAAACAACAGCUAUGUGGAUGUCGCUUAAAGCAGAUCUGAUUGAAUAGAGUCUUUCUAAAAUAAUUAAGAACUCUUCUUCUCUGAACAGGGGAAGCCAUUUGGGAGCCCACAUCUCUCUCAGUGAACUCAAAAGGGCAAUGGAUAGCAUGAUAAAGGAAAAUCACCUGGAGGGGACGAUAUUCCUCCUGAGGUCUAUUUAACAUUUUGGAAUUAAUUAGGUCCACUAUUGGUCGAAAUUAUUAAUACAGGUGUUCACAAGAGUUCAUUUAGGAAAGAUGUGAACACAGCACAAAUGUAGCUUUUAUUUAAAAAAGGAUAGGAUGCCACCCAGUGUUCUCAUUAUCGCCCCCUAUCUUUGAUGAACACAGAUAUUAAACUGUUUUCCAACAUGUUA